GUAGAGUGAACCCGGUGGGCUGCGUGCGGCCCUGGCUCCAUGUUUGGGAGGUGGGAGGGGGCAGAAAAGCACAGACUGGAGCUACAUAAGAGCUCCACACACUGGUCAGGGCCACACCAUCACCAAGUGGCUAAACCCCCCGGCCCAGCACUGUCAGGUGAUUGUCUCCUGUUGGAGUGAAGAAGGAAAUCCGAGUUGAACCAUGUGUGACGACGAAGAAAGCACUGCUCUGGUGUGCGAUAACGGCUCAGGACUGUGUAAGGCAGGCUUCGCCGGGGAUGAUGCCCCCCGAGCCGUGUUCCCCUCCAUCGUGGGUCGUCCCAGACACCAGGGUGUGAUGGUGGGGAUGGGGCAGAAAGACAGUUACGUUGGUGAUGAAGCACAGAGCAAAAGAGGUAUCCUGACCCUCAAAUACCCAAUUGAGCACGGCAUCAUCACAAACUGGGACGACAUGGAAAAAAUCUGGCAUCACUCCUUCUACAAUGAGCUCCGUGUUGCUCCAGAGGAGCACCCAACCUUGCUGACAGAGGCUCCUCUCAACCCCAAAGCCAACAGGGAGAAGAUGACCCAGAUUAUGUUUGAGACCUUCAAUGUUCCAGCCAUGUACGUAGCUAUUCAGGCGGUGCUAUCCCUCUAUGCCUCUGGACGCACGACAGGUAUUGUUCUUGAUUCUGGUGAUGGUGUCACCCACAACGUGCCCAUUUAUGAGGGCUACGCUCUUCCUCACGCCAUCAUGCGUUUGGACCUGGCCGGCCGUGAUCUCACUGACUACCUCAUGAAGAUCCUGACUGAACGUGGCUACUCCUUCGUGACCACUGCUGAAAGAGAAAUUGUCCGUGAUAUCAAGGAGAAGCUGUGCUAUGUCGCAUUGGACUUUGAGAAUGAGAUGGCCACUGCUGCCACCUCUUCCUCUCUGGAGAAGAGCUAUGAGCUUCCUGAUGGGCAGGUCAUCACCAUUGGCAAUGAGAGGUUCCGCUGUCCUGAGACCCUCUUCCAACCAUCCUUCAUCGGUAUGGAGUCUGCUGGUAUCCAUGAAACUACUUACAACAGCAUCAUGAAGUGUGACAUUGACAUCCGUAAGGACCUGUAUGCCAACAAUGUCCUGUCUGGUGGUACCACCAUGUACCCUGGCAUUGCUGACAGGAUGCAGAAGGAGAUCACUGCUUUGGCCCCCAGUACCAUGAAGAUCAAGAUCAUCGCCCCACCAGAGAGAAAGUAUUCAGUAUGGAUUGGCGGCUCCAUCCUGGCUUCCCUCUCCACCUUCCAGCAGAUGUGGAUCAGCAAGCAGGAGUAUGACGAGGCCGGUCCAUCCAUUGUGCAUCGCAAGUGCUUCUAAACUCGACAGCCCCAAGCCCUCAAAACUCUGCUCUCGCUUCCUAGCCUGUAAACUGUGAAUGUAUCCUCUGGUUUCUCUCCUGUUUUGUCUUUGCACUGCCCACACUUGCGUGAAUGUUUGGAUUUUUUUUCUCGUCAUUGAUUGUUCUUGUUACUUUGGAUGAGCAAAGCCGCCAACAUGAACAGAUUGGGAAGAUUCCUGGGGUUUAGUGAGGCUGCAGAUGGAGGGAGAGAGAAUAAAUGCAAGGUGUUUUGUAAUGGUUUAUAGAGGAACAGAGCUCACAUACUCCCUCUUGUGUUUCAAACACCAUAAGAUACCCUUGCAUGUGAUUUCUCACUGCUGUGGGCUUUGAAACAGUUUGUAUGGAUAUCUAUACAAUAACCCCAGGAACGAAUAAAGCUCUGCAUACUGAAA